GCGGCCGGGUUGCUACAGCCAAAGCUGGGCGGCGGCGGAUGCUGCUGAGAGAGUUGCGGGGAGUCGGAGGCGGUGGCGCAAUGGAGGGGCUGGAAGAAAACGGAAGUGUUGUCCAAGUUGGAGAGUUGUUGCCUUGCAAAAUUUGUGGAAGAACAUUCUUUCCAGUAGCAUUAAAAAAGCAUGGACCCAUUUGUCAGAAAACUGCCACUAAAAAACGGAAGACUUUUGAUUCAAGCAGGCAAAGAGCUGAAGGAACUGAUAUUCCAACAGUAAAACCUCUUAAACCUAGGCCAGAACCACCAAAGAAACCUUCAAAUUGGAGAAGAAAACAUGAAGAAUUCAUUGCCACCAUAAGAGCAGCUAAAGGCCUCGAUCAGGCACUUAAAGAGGGUGGCAAACUUCCUCCUCCUCCUCCACCUUCUUAUGAUCCUGAUUAUAUUCAGUGUCCAUAUUGCCAAAGGAGAUUUAAUGAAAAUGCAGCUGAUAGACAUAUCAAUUUCUGUAAAGAACAGGCAGCACGUAUUAGUAACAAAGGCAAGUUUUCUGCUGACACCAAAGGAAAACCAACUUCUCGGACACAGUAUAAGCCACCUGCACUUAAGAAGUCAAAUUCUCCUGGAACCACGUCAUCAGGAUCUUCACGAUUACCACAGCCAAGUGGCAUUAGCAAAACUGUUGUAGGUACACCUUCAGGUAAAGUGCCUUCAGUUAGCAGCUCUUUGGGAAGCAAACUUCAGUCCUUAUCUCCUUCUCAUAAAGCUAUAGCAACUCCUCAGGCAGGUAAGAUGGACAAGUUAGGCCCUCCACUUCGAACUGGAAGACACGUGCAAAGGUUGUAUGACAGUGAUACAAAAUCAGACAGUGCCAUCAAAAGACAUGAGUUAUUACCCAUUUACAAAGCUAACAUCAAAUCUCGAAAUACCACACCACCUAGUUUGGCAAGAAAUUCUGCCUCAGGUAUACUUACAAACAAAAGAAAAACAUAUACUGAUAGCUCCAUAGCCAGGCCAGAUAUAGACUAUGCAUCUUCAUUUAAUGGUGGAAACAUUAAAGGCAUUGAAGGAAAUUCAUCUGGACACUUACCAAAAUUCUGUCAUGAGUGUGGGACAAAAUAUCCUGUAGAAUGGGCAAAGUUCUGCUGUGAAUGUGGCAUUCGAAGAAUGAUUCUAUGAACAGAAUCCCAAAAGAAAGAGAGCCAGGUUGACAGUUUUAUGAUCAUUGCUGCUUGAACAGCUAGAGUAUAUCCUCUAGUUAUUUUGUGCAAAAACUAUUCAAAAUACCUUUUCCAGUAAGUUUUGGAGCAUAAUUCUUUUGCUGUAUAAUGUGUGUUUGUAUAUAUUUGUAUAUAUACUGUGUAUAAUAAAUACCUGAUACCCCAAGCUGUGCCAUUCAAAGAAAUACUCAUUAACCUUUCAGAAAAUUACUUCAAUGGAAUCAUUAACUUAGGUGUUGUUAAUGCGCAUUCAGUGUACCUCCACAAAUGCUCCUUCUCUUGUGGUUGACCCUUCAAACUUUAGAAUAAUCACAACUUCAAGCAAAAAAUCAGAAUAAACAUUAUUGGUGCUAUCAUAGUAGGAUGGACACUUGGAAUUUUGUAAUUGAAGAAACUUUUCAUUAUUAUUAGUUGAUGUGGGGUCAUUUUGGUAUUGAAUUCUCCAACAACUAAUAUUCCUAAAAAAUAAGAGAAAGAAAAAAACGUAAGAUCUAUUUUUACUCUUAACUUGUGACUUAUUAAUUAUAUAAUUUAAAUAUGAUUACACAUUCUGUGAAAAUGUAAUUAUGCAAUUUCCUUUUCAGAAACACAAAACUAAAAAUACAAAUGCAUUUUAUUCUAUUUAUAACUGAAUGUUAUUUUUGUACUUCUGAAUUAGUUCAACAUAUAUUCUUUCUACUUCUAAUAGUGUUCCAAAUUUCACUUAUUUUAUUUUUCAGAAUUUGUCUGAAGAAUAGUUUUAAUUUACUGCUAUAUUUUUGCAGUAUUUGAAAGUGUAACUCUUUAAUGUAAGAUGCCCAAAAUUCUUUCUGAAAUCUUACAUUUUAACCAUUUUAUUUCUGUGUUUCUGAAUUUUUAAGAAAGUAAUGGAUUUUAAAGUAAACCACCUCAUCUAAUAAAUAAUAAUUGUGUAAUUAUUCAUUAGUGUUGAGCAUGCAGGUAAAAAGUAUUUGGAUUUCAGUUUCUUAUAGUACACUUAGAGGUAGUUAUGAGUAGGUUGAGUAUCUCCAAUUUUUUCUACUCAUAUUUUCUUCUUUACUGUUUAAUGUUACCAUUGGUAAAGAUACCAUUCAUAUCACAAUGAAAAAAAACCACUGAAAAUGUAUUGUUUUGAUGCAUAACUGACUUAUUAUGUAAUUAAACAUACACAAAAUCUGUAUUUUCUCUUUAACUUGACUAGCAUAGAACUUUUGAUCACUGUCACUCUCACUGUUACACAAUAUUUAGCAAUAGCUUUCUUUGAUGGCUUGUGCAAUUAUAUUUAGUAAUUCUAUAGUAAUUCCAGUUAAAACCCAAGUGAACUUUCUUUUAUUGUAAUGGUACAAGCAAAUCUUUUAUAUUUUACGUAUUUUCUAGCUUUUAUUAUUCAUAUCAACUAUAAAGAUCAAUGUAGAAAUAUUUUAAAAUUUUAUUUCUCUGAAAUUUAUUUAGUUUUUGUUUUGUUUUAGUUGGGGCAGGGGUAUGACCUUAGUGGUAACAAGAAUUGCCAUUUUAUAUACAUUAUAGUUUCUUUUCCUGAUAUUUCAUUUCAGUUAUUUUAUUCAGCCAUGUUGAUUUAAAAAAAUCUUGCUCAAGUAAGUUAUAAUGAAUUUAGAAGACUAAUGUACAUAUUAGUUUUCCAUUUCAAUGACUUCUGUCCUAAUUGUUAUAAAUCAUAUGAAGAACUUUCAAUUCUUAUUUAUCUAGGAAUGAACACUAUUUUCUUUCAAGUAUAUUUUUGAGACAACCUAAUCUUUUUUUUCUGCUCACAGAGGAGUAAAUAAAUGAGUUUAAAUAAAUUGGCACAUAUUUCUCACUGAAUUUUGCAGUACUAAAAUUAUUAUAAACAGUAAGUAGGUAAAAUAAACUUAUGACUUAAGAAAUGUUGUGAAAAUGUAUUUAAGUGCAUUUUAUAUUACUUGCAUAUUUUACUCUCACAUUAAUUUGUUGUACGAUAGUUCUUAAGCAAUCUUCCUAUGCAUCAUUUAUUUUUAUUUAUUUGCACAAGUAUUUGCCAAUGUGGUAGAAUGAUAAAUGAUUGUAAACUUAAAUUUAAAAUGUAAAAAUUGCUUAUAUAUUAUUCUGAAAGUUAUUAGCUUGAAAAAGUAAGAUUACUGUGACUACUGUUGUCUUUUGUUCAUUGUUUUUUAUUAUAAAUAUCUUCAUUUUGAACGAAUUCAAUAAAGACACAAGCAUAAAAA